GCACGCCCGCCGGUGCGCCCGCUCCGGGCUCCCACCCGCGUCUCCGCCCGACCAGGUUUCUUUAAAGUGAUUGAAGACAAUAAUUCAAAAUGCCUGAAAAUGCUGCUACAGAUAAACUGCAGGUCCUGCAAAUUAUCGAUCGCCUGAAAGUGAAAUUACAGGAGAAGGGUGACACCUCGCAGAAUGAGAAGCUAUCUAUGUUUUAUGAGACACUAAAGAGUCCUCUCUUCAACCAGAUACUCACACUUCAGCAGUCCAUCAAGCAACUCAAGGGACACCUCAAUCAUACACCUUCAGAUUGUUCAGCCAACUUUGAUUUUUCUAGGAAAGGUUUAUUAGUUUUCACAGAUGGAGCCAUUAAUGGGAAUGUCCAGCAGUCCUCCAAUAACCCGACUGUCUCGGGGUUAUUUCCUUGGACCCCUAAGCCGGGAAAUGAAGACUUUAACUCAAUCAUUCAGCAGAUGGCACAGGGCCGGCAAAUUGAAUAUAUAGAUAUAGAACGUCCCUCCACUGGUGGCCUUGGAUUCAGCGUGGUAGCCCUCAGAAGUGAAAAUCUGGGAGAAGUCAAUAUCUUCGUGAAGGAAGUACAGCCAGGGAGUAUAGCGGACAGGGAUCAAAGGUUAAAGGAAAAUGACCAAAUACUGGCUAUUAAUCAUACGCCACUGGAUCAGAACAUUUCCCAUCAGCAAGCAAUUGCACUGUUACAGCAAACCACUGGAUAUUUGAGUCUGGUUGUGGCCAGACAACCAGUCCACGCAAGAAGCAGUACUUCUACCAGCCUAACCAAUACAGUUUUGCCAGAAACAGUUCGCUGGGGCCAUAUUGAAGAUGUUGAGCUCAUUAAUGAUGGCUCUGGAUUAGGUUUUGGAAUAGUUGGAGGAAAAUCAAGUGGUGUGGUUGUGAGGACUAUAGUUCCUGGAGGAUUAGCAGAUCGAGAUGGAAGACUCCAGACAGGGGACCAUAUCUUGAAGAUUGGUGACACAGAUGUGCAGGGAAUGAGCAGUGAGCAAGUUGCACACGUGCUGAGAAACUGUGGGAACUCAGUCAGGAUGCUGGUUGCAAGAGACCCAACUGGUGAAAUUUCUGUAGCCCCUCCAACCCCUGCAGCCUUACCUGUUGCCCUGCCUGCUGUACCUAACAGGAUACCUAGUUCUGACAAUUCUACACUUUAUGAAACUUACACUGUUGAACUCAUUAAAAAAGAUGGACAGAGUCUUGGGAUUAGAAUUGUUGGCUAUGUAGGAGCUGCUCGCACAGGGGAAGCUUCAGGAAUUUAUGUGAAAAGUGUAAUACCUGGCAGCGCUGCAUACCACAAUGGGCAAAUCCAAGUGAAUGACAAGAUAGUCGCUGUGGAUGGUGUGAAUAUCCAGGGUUUCGCCAACCAGGAUGUUGUUGAAGUAUUACGAAAUGCAGGGCAAGUGGUACAACUAACCUUAGUUCGAAGGAAGACAUCCUCACCCGCUUUUCCAUUUGCUGAACAACCUCCACUUGCUGAACAGCCUCCACUUGUCGAACAGCCUCCACUUGUUGAACAGCCUUCAGACACAGGAACUAUUGUAGAACCACCGAAACCACCAGCCCCCUUCUUAACUGGAGCAGUGGAAACGGAAACUAAUUUGGAUGGUGAAGACGAGGAAACUGAAGAAAGAAUGGACAAUCUAAAAAACGAUAACAUACAAAACUUAGAAAAACUGGAAAGAGCCCCUGACUUUCCAGAAAAUGAGCUGAAAUCCAGAUGGCAAAACCUAUUGGGUCCUGAUUAUGAAGUAAUGAUUGCUACUUUGGACACUCAGAUUGCAGAUGAUGCUGAAUUACAGAAAUAUUCAAAGCUCCUGCCCAUUCACACUCUGAGGCUUGGCAUGGAAGUUGAUUCCUUCGAUGGGCACCAUUAUAUCUCUUCGAUUGUUCCAGGUGGUCCUAUUGAUACACUGAGACUCCUUCAGCCAGAGGAUGAGCUCCUUGAGGUCAAUGGUGUGCAGCUCUAUGGGAAAUCUCGCCGAGAAGCGGUCUCCUUUCUUAAAGAAGUGCCACCCCCUUUUACCUUGGUUUGCUGUCGACGGUUGUUUGAUGAUGAAGCCUCUGUAGAUGAACCAAGAAGGACCACUGGAGCCUCUCUUCCUGAGAUGGAGGCUGAUCACAAUGUAGAUGUCAACACUGAAGAAGAUGAUGAUGGGGAAUUAGCACUAUGGUCUCCUGAAGUCAAGAUUGUUGAACUAGUGAAAGAUCAUAAAGGCUUGGGAUUCAGCAUUUUGGAUUACCAGGACCCCUUAGAUGCCACAAGAUCAGUGAUUGUGAUUCGUUCCCUGGUGGCGGAUGGUGUUGCAGAAAGAAGUGGAAAACUGUUACCUGGAGACCGCCUGGUCUCAGUCAAUCAGUACUGUUUGGACAACACCAAACUUGCUGAUGCUGUGGAAGUGUUGAAAGCUGUGCCACCAGGCACUGUACGCCUUGGCAUCUGUAAGCCUUUGGGGGAAGAUGAUAAACAGGAAGAAAGUCAUUAUAUUUUACAUUCAAACACUAAUGAAGACAAGACUGACAUUUCAGGAACAAUUCACGAUAUAAACUCAUCUUUAAUACUUGAAGCACCCCAGGGAUUUAGAGAUGAACCCUAUUAUAAAGAAGAACUUGUGGACGAGCCAUUUCUAAAUUUGGGAAAGUCUUUCCAAUCCCAACAAAAAGAGAUAGACAACAGCAAGGAGGCCUGGGAAAUGCAUGAAUUUCUGACUCCUGGAUUGCAGAAAAUGGGUGAAGAAAGAGAAAUGCUUGUGGAUGAAGAAUAUGAGCUAUAUAAAGAUUGCUUUCAAUCCAUGGAGUUGUAUCCCUCCUCACACAUUCAAGAGGCUGCUCCUGUUCCAUCCACGGAGGAACUUCACUUUGGUACACAGUGGUUACAUGAUAACGAACCACAUGAGCCUCAAGAAACAAGAUCCAUAAUGAGUAUAUAUCCCCAGGAGACACAGCAGUAUGGCUAUAGCACUAACAACGUGAUGAAAGAAAAUUUUGGCAUCGAUUCCCAACCCUCCAUAUCCUCAACUGAAGGGAACAGUCAGCAAUGCAGAUUCGAUGAUCUGGAAAAUCUUAGUUCAUUAACAAAAAGCAGUCUGGAGUUAGGCAUGAUGAUUCCGCAUGAUGUCCAGCGUCCUGGCUUGCUUGUUGAACUUCCUGCUGUGGCUCAAAGAAGGCAGCAAAAAGAUCUGCCCCUGUACCAACUCCCCAGGACUCGCGUUGUUUCCAAGACCUCAGCAUACACAGGAAUAUUGUCUUCUAGAUACGCCACUGAUGCAUAUGAGUUACCUGAGAGAGAAGAAGGUGAAGGAGAAGAAACUCCAAACUUCAGCCACUGGGGUCCACCAAGAAUUGUUGAGAUUUUUAGAGAACCCGAUGUGUCUCUUGGUAUUAGUAUUGUUGGUGGGCAGACCGUUAUAAAACGCCUGAAGAAUGGAGAGGAGCUGAAAGGUAUAUUUAUCAAACAAGUUUUAGAAGACAGUCCAGCAGGAAAAACAAAUGCUCUUAAAACUGGAGAUAAAAUACUUGAGGUGUCUGGAGUAGAUUUGCAGAACGCCUCACACAGCGAAGCAGUGGAGGCCAUUAAGAAUGCUGGAAACCCUGUGGUGUUCGUUGUCCAGAGCUUGUCAUCCACUCCAAGAGCCAUUCCUACUGUGCAUAACAAGGCGAACAGAAUCACUAAUAACCAGGACCAAGACACUCAAGGAAAAAACGAAAAGAGGCAAGGAAGUGCUCCACCUCCAAUGAAACUGCCACCUCCUUAUAAAGCUCCAUUUGAUGACAGUAAUGAAAAUGAAGAAGAAUGUGCAUUUAUCAACAAAAAAAUCAGGCAAAGAUAUGCAGAUCUGCCUGGAGAAUUGCACAUUAUUGAACUUGAAAAGGAUAAGAAUGGCCUUGGACUCAGCCUUGCUGGCAAUAAAGACAGGUCACGCAUGAGCAUAUUUGUGGUGGGCAUUAACCCGGAAGGACCCGCUGCCACUGACGGACGGAUGCGUAUUGGAGAUGAACUGUUGGAGAUAAACAAUCAGAUUCUGUAUGGAAGAAGUCACCAGAAUGCGUCUGCCAUUAUUAAGACUGCUCCGUCCAAAGUCAAGCUGGUAUUCAUCAGAAAUGAAGAUGCAGUCAAUCAGAUGGCCGUUGCUCCCUUUCCAUUACCAUCAACUUCCCCAUCUUUUAUUGAGGAUCAGAGUGGCCCCGAGCCUGUUAGUAGUGAGGAAAACAGUAGUCUCGAAGUUGGUACUAAACACUUUCCUGAACGAGAAAGCUCCAAACUGGAGGACAUGGCACAGGCGGUCAGUCAGAGUGUGGUGGCAGAGCAGCAGAAGGCAGUGGACUGCUCGACUGACAACGCUGUCAGCCAGAUGAAACAGCAAAAAUAUUCGACGAAAGUCUCCUUCAGUUCACAGGAGAUACCUUUAGCACCCACUCCAUCAUACCAUUCAACAGAUGCAGACUUCACAGGCCAUGGUGGUUUCCAGGCUCCUCUGUCGGUGGACCCUGCCACAUGUCCCAUUGUCCCUGGCCAGGAAAUGAUCAUAGAAAUAUCCAAGGGACGUUCAGGGCUUGGUCUCAGCAUUGUGGGAGGAAAAGACACACCCUUGGAUGCUAUAGUUAUACAUGAAGUCUAUGAGGAAGGAGCAGCAGCCAGAGAUGGAAGACUUUGGGCUGGUGACCAGAUUUUAGAGGUGAACGGGGUUGACCUGAGGAGCGCCAGCCACGAAGAAGCCAUCACAGCCCUGAGGCAGACCCCUCAGAAGGUGCGACUGGUGGUGUACAGAGACGAGACACACUACAGGGACGAGGAGAACUUGGAGCUCUUCCCCGUAGAUCUGCAGAAGAAAGCCGGCAGGGGGCUGGGCCUGAGCAUCGUUGGGAAACGAAAUGGAAACGGAGUGUUUAUCUCUGACAUCGUGAAAGGUGGAGCCGCAGACCUGGAUGGGCGAUUGAUUCAGGGAGAUCAGAUCUUAUCUGUGAAUGGAGAGGAUGUGAGAAAUGCCUCACAGGAGACAGUGGCCACCAUCCUCAAGUGUGCGCAGGGACUUGUGCAGCUAGAGAUUGGAAGACUGCGUGCUGGCUCCUGGACCUCCUCAAGGAAGACCUCACAGAACAGUCAGGGGAGUCAGCACAGCAGCUUCCCUCCGUCCCUCGCGCCUGUCAUCACCAGCCUGCAGAACCUGGUCGGCACCAAGAGAGCUUCAGAUCCUUCCCCCAAAAACCCAGGCACAGAUAUGGGACCAAGGACCGUUGAGAUAAUCAGGGAGCUCAGUGAUGCCCUUGGAAUCAGUAUUGCUGGAGGAAAAGGAAGUCCCUUAGGAGAUAUCCCAAUAUUUAUUGCCAUGAUUCAGGCCAGCGGUGUGGCUGCGCGGACACAGAAGCUUAAAGUUGGAGAUCGGAUUGUCAGCAUUAAUGGGGAACCUCUGGAUGGGCUGUCUCACGCGGAUGUGGUUAAUCUGCUGAAGAACGCCUACGGGCGCAUUAUCCUGCAGGUUGUAGCAGAUACCAAUAUAAGCGCCAUAGCGACUCAGCUUGAGAGCUUGUCUGCGAGCUACCACCUGGGCUCACCCUCGGCUGAGCACCAUUCGGAAGACACAGAAACACCUCCACCUAAGAUUAUUACUUUGGAGAAAGGCUCUGAAGGAUUGGGGUUUAGUAUUGUAGGGGGUUAUGGAAGUCCCCAUGGAGACCUGCCAAUUUAUGUCAAGACUAUAUUUGCAAAGGGAGCAGCUGCAGAUGACGGCCAAUUGAAGCGAGGUGAUCAAAUUUUAGCUGUUAAUGGCGAGACUUUAGAAGGUGUCACUCAUGAGCAAGCUGUGGCCAUUCUAAAACGCCAGAGAGGGACUGUAAUCUUAACUGUACUGUCAUGAACCUCGGGUCUUGAUCACAAGGUAGAUGUUGUAGGAUAUUCAUAGGAAGAUGAAGCUGAGAGGAUGAAAAGCAACCUCAACUGAAAUCCACCUUCAUUCAUUCUUACUAUCUCAUCCUCUCUGCUCAGGAGAGAGGGCUGAGGUUUCAUAUGAAUGUCCCACAUCAACAGUCAUCUCCUUAAUGUUCCCCAGCAUCUGUCACCUCUUGGUGAGGUUGAAUGAGUCUUAUCUGCUUUGCAUUUAACAUCGUUGUUUAUCAACUGUAGUAGUAACUGGUUCUGAUUAUAUUUGCUGACACUAAACUUAAGAAGUACUCAUUCCUUAUGCCCUUCUUCCCCCAUCCUACUCAAACAGAAGCUUAACUGCACCCUCAGAUCUCAUCUGGUGAACAGAAACAAAUAUUAAGCAACUGUCAUCUCACUCGUGAUUUACUUAUGCUAAUUGUCUCUUCAAGUAUGCCAAAAAAACAUUAGCAGUGUAAUUAAUUUACCAGUGAUCCCCAUGAUGAAAUACCAAAUUCUCCUAUGGGAAAUUACUGUGCUCUCUUCUGUACGACUUACAGUCAAAUAAGUCACAAAUUCAUUUCUCUAGCUAGAUCUUUAUACAUUAGUCAUUGGUGAUUAUGAUGAAUCUACUUGCAGACUAAUCCAAAAAUUCUGAAGGCCUUUCUAUUUUCUUAGCUACAUAAAUGCAGAUUACCUAGCAAAAGCACCUUCUUCUCAACAGCAACAAUUACCAUCCAUGUUCUGAAUUCUAACAGUGCUAAAUUAUGUUCAAGUCUGGGAAGUUCAUCUGGAGUUAAUGGCAUCUCAGUAGGCAAGUGUCAUUUCUACCCCUCAGUCUUCAAACAAGGAGGUGGAAGCCCCAAAACCACGCUGCAGAGAUCAGCAAGUUUUGCCUCAAGUCAGACGAGGUCUAGAUGGCCUUGGCCUUGUGGAACAUGGAGUGACAAGUUUGAAUAUCCUUCCCCUUGGCUCCAUACUGGUCAGUCUCGCAGCACAGAUUAUAGGAACACAGGUGGAGCCAUGGACUUAGCCACACAGUGACUGAGCAAAUAAAUAGCCUAGGAAUCAGUGAUGGCUCCUUGGCUCAUGUUUCCUGGUCUCUGGGGAGCCUCCUGUUUGCUGUAGUUUUGCAUGCUAAGAAAGCAACUAUAGCAGAAAAUACAAGAAUACUUUUAAGGUCGGCUAGGGACAGUCUUAUUCAGGGAUUAGCAUGGAAAAAAAAGAGGAGAUGCUUAUCAGAGACUGAGGUUAUUCUGUAAAAAAAAUAAAUAAACGCACCAUGAAGAUGAGUACUGGAAUCAUUAAUGGAAGUAGUUGGCAUUAUUUAACUACAACACAGUGCUGCAAAUGGCUCCUGGUAAUUAUCAAAAUGUAAUGGGCUCUAAUUUAAAAUGUUAUUUAAUAAGUAUAGGUUUUCAUUGAGAAUUAUCUUUGAGUAAAUAUAAUCACAAAGUGCAUUAACUCUUGUUGGAAUACUUUGUGGCUAUUCCAAAGUAUAGAGUGCCUGAAUUUUAUGUUGAAAAUGUCUUUCAGGAUUGGUAUUACAUUUUCUGAAAUUACACAGAGCUUUUGAAAUUCCUAAUGUAUCCAAGAUAUGCAGUAUUGUUAGGGUCCUGCCUUUCAGUGCAUGAGAAGCUGUCAACCUCUGAACAUUCUAUGUUAACUAUAUCUGCAAGAAUGGCUCAGGCCUCCAAGAAGAAAUGAAUAAAACUUGAAAAUGCACCUUAAAAUAAUAUAUACAUAUAUAUACUUUUGAAAUGUGAUUCUGCUUGAUUUUGAUGGAAUGGCCAUUAAAUACACAUUUUGAAAUAAUACAUCAUUGUUCUGUGUCUUUACACAUUA